GUCCUGCGCCUGCGCCGGCGCCUGCGCCUGCCAUCAUUCCUGUUCGUAAAGCUCUGCACCCAGAGGCUAAGCGAGUAUUUAGGACCCACCUCCGAGAUGCAUCGGCUGCAGGUAGUGCUAGGCCACCUGGCCGGCCGACCCGAGUCGAGCUCGGCGCUGCAAGCUGCGCCCUGCUCCGCUGGCUUCCCGCAGGCCUCGGCCUCCGACGUGGUGGUGGUGCACGGACGGCGCACCCCUAUCGGCCGCGCCAGCCGUGGCGGCUUCAAGGACACCACCCCCGACGAACUUCUGUCGGCCGUGUUGACCGCGGUUCUCCAGGACGUGAAGCUAAAGCCUGAGCAGCUAGGAGACAUCUCCGUGGGCAAUGUUCUUGAGCCAGGAGCCGGGGCUGUCAUGGCACGCAUCGCCCAAUUUCUGAGCGGCAUCCCAGAGACUGUACCUUUGUCUACGGUCAACAGACAGUGUUCAUCGGGACUGCAGGCAGUGGCCAACAUUGCUGGUGGCAUCAGAAAUGGGUCUUAUGACAUUGGCAUGGCCUGUGGGGUGGAGUCCAUGUCCCUGUCUGGGAGAGGGAACCCUGGGAAUAUCUCUUCCCGCCUGCUGGAGAGUGAGAAAGCCAGAGACUGCCUGAUUCCUAUGGGGAUAACCUCGGAGAACGUGGCUGAGCGGUUUGGGGUCUCACGGCAGAAGCAGGAUGCCUUUGCGCUGGCCUCCCAGCAGAAGGCAGCAAGCGCCCAGAGCAGAGGAUGCUUCCGUGCUGAGAUUGUGCCUGUGACAACCACUGUCUUCGAUGACAAGGGUGACAAGAAAACCAUCACUGUGUCUCAGGAUGAGGGUGUCCGCCCCAGCACCACCAUGCAGGGCCUGACCAAGCUGAAACCAGCCUUCAAGGAUGGAGGCUCUACCACGGCUGGUGAGUGCGGGCCAGGAAUAGGGCCGAUCGCGCCAACACUGGUUCCUUUCCCCAGGGCUUAUGGCGUGGUGUCCAUGUGCAUCGGGACUGGGAUGGGAGCCGCCGCUGUCUUUGAAUACCCUGGGAACUGAGGCCUGGCUGCAGGCGGCACUCACUAGAGAGUGCUACAGUGGCGUCCAGAGAGGGACGCUACAGAAGCCAUCCUACAGAAGCCAUCCGCUACAGAAGCCAUCCGCGUGGGACACUCAGCAGCGGAGGGGUGUGUCACAGCACUUUAAUUUAGAAAAUGUAAUUGAUGUCGGAACAGGAGGUGGGACUGCCCCGUCAGAUACCCGAACCGCGCUGAAGUGAGCAUGGGGCACCCAGGUUGCAAGGCCCUCUGUACCUCUGAGGGCGGGUGCAGUAAAUGUGUACUGUCUCA